AUGACGGCAGCAGCGGCAGCAGCAACCUGGAAGCCACCAGCCGGCAACAUGGUUGCGGCAGCACCGGUGAAGGUACUGACCGGAGCAACUGGUGUGGUCGAUGACGGGACAGCCGUUGUGGACAGGGUCGGGGCCACUGAGGUGAUCGGAGCCGCAGUGGUGGUGGGUGCAACCGGGGUGGUGGUCACUGCAGCGGCGGAGCUAGUCCAGUCGCCCCAGACGGUGGACGACGUCUCGGCCGGCUCUGGAGCAACAGAGGUGGAUGAUGUCCAGUCGCCCCAGACGGUGGACGAAGUCUCAGCCGGCUCUGGGGCCACCGAAGAGCUGGUCCAGUCAGCCCAGACGGUGGAGGAAGUCUCAGCCGGUUCUGGGGCGACCGAAGAGGAAGUCCAGUCCGCCCAGGUGGUUGUCUCGGCAGGGGCGGGGGCUACAGAAGCCGAAGAAGUCCAGUCACCCCAUGCGGCGGAAGAGGUUUCCACUGGGGCUGGAGUAGCAGACGAAGUCCAGUCAGCCCAUGUUGUUGCUUCGGUGGUUGUUGUUGGGAUCGGGGUAGGGGAAACAAUCUCAGAUGAUGAAGUGGUCCAAUCGACCCACUGGGAGUGGGAUUCUGUGGUUGUAGGGAUCGGGGAGGGGGAAACAAUCUCAGAAGAUGUGGUCCAGUCGACCCAUUGGGAUUCUGUUGUGGUGGUGGCGGGGAUAGGGCUGGGAGUGGGAGUAGGAGUGGUGGUCGGAAUGGUUGUCGUUGUUGAAGUCCAGUCUUGCCAAACGGGGGUAGUUUCUGGGGCGGGAGCAGGGGAAGGAGUUGUUGUGCUCUCUGGUACAGGGGAGGGAGAAGGGGUUUCUGUUGUUGUCUCUUCGGACGACGUCCACUGA